AUGGCACAUGAGCUCGUCAACGGCCUCAUGUUGGAUGACCAGGUGCAUCCUCAAGAGACAGUGAGCGUGGUCGUUCGCUCGAGGCCCCGUGACUCGGACAGGAGGGAUGAUAUCCAGCUCACGAGGCAGGUGGUGGAGAGUUUCUUCGGCCUUCGACAAAUAGACGCUGCGAAACAGCUGGGCGUGUCGCUCAGCUCCCUCAAGGCCGCCUGCCGCAAGCUCGGCAUCGAAAAGUGGCCCUACAGCCGUGAGCGCGCCGACCGCCAGGGCUCGAUGUCAGAAGAGAGCAUUGAGAGGGAGGAGGAGGAAGCAUCGACGACGACGACAGCAGCAGUGAGCGUUGCAGCGAUCGAAAAUGGGAAUGAGCCUUCUCUUGAUCCCGGAUGGAUCUCGUGGUAUGUCAGACAGCCGCUGGAUGCCAUAUGCACAACUGAGGGCGAUGGUUGA